AUGGCCACUCCUCUGAGUACAGAACUGAUGGAAGCUUUCAACAAAUACGACACAGAUAAUGAUGGACUGCUCACAAUGAAUCAACUUGAACAAGUUCUGAAAGCACUUGGUCAGACGGCAACUGACACAGAUAUAAGACACAUGGUAGCGGGCAGUGAAACACAUUCGGAUGAUACUGCUAUGAUCGAACUCUCGAGAUUCAUUCGCACCAUGUCGCGCAAGAUGUCAGAUAAUAACGGCGGCGACGCGCUGAAAGCCGCCUUCCGCGUAUACGACAAAAACGGAGACGGUUUCAUUAGCGAGGCUAAAAUUCGACACGUCAUGGACCACGUUUUGGAGAAAGCGACACCUGCCGAGGUAGAGGAAAUGAUCCGCAAAGCAGACUCCAAUGGAGAUGGUAACAUUAAUUAUGAAGAAUUCGAGAAAAUGUUGCUUAAAAAGGAGCUUGAUUGUGCUGAAUGCAGAGAGAUAUAUUAUUGA